AUGGUUUCUCGAUCAGCGAAAACCGCUCUGAAAGCUGAGGGUUCUAGUCCGAACCAUUAUUUUUUAGUGUACGGUGGGGAAUUUUCUCCCACAGACCUCUUCAAAUGGACACCGAGACUCGCUCACUCGGGAGGAGAAGGAGGAAAGGAGGGAGUCGUGGAAGAGAAGGAUAAGUGCAGAAGGGCGAAGACGCCGAUCGGUCGACUGGACGAACCGGAGUCGGAUCGCCACCCGUACCAGGAGAAGGAGCCGCUGCCAGAAUGGCCGCUGGGAUACAAUCCCGAGACUGGAGAGAUCGGAGGACCCCGAGCCCCCGAGCCCACUCGGUACGGCGACUGGGAGAGGAAGGGACGCGUCUCCGACUUCUAG